AUGCAACAAGUUGAGAAGAUGAAGUUGAAAGUUGAAACAACAAAACCCCACAAUUAUAUCUAUAGGUUGUUCAUGACCUCCAUCAUGGAACAACCUCCUUCAAAUUCAAAGCUACAAGAUGAGCCUGAGUUCAGCUUAAAGGAAUGGACAAUCAAGGCUCGAAUCAGCCGAGAAAAUACAAGGUCAAGAAGGUUUUCAGCUUCAAAUCUUAGAAGUUUCAGGGAAGACACAAGGUCUUUCAGAUCAAACAUAACCAUCUCUAGCACCGCUUCCUCUCCUGGAUACCUAGUAAGAGAGGAAAUCGACCCAUCAACGUACUCAUUUACCACUGCCCUCAAUGCUUUGCAGGCUAGAACGAUUAACACUUGGGAGUGUUUAUCACCGGAUGGGUUUGCUCUCAAUUCCAAAUGGAACGAGGCAGAGAAAUACAUAUGCAACCCACUCUCAGGAGAAGUUCCAAUGGAGUGUUUGUCUGCCAAGACACUCAGUGGAAGAUCGUUUCGCCACUUAACGAGUAGAAUUACAAUGUCUGCGCCUCUUAUUUAUCCUUCUCACUCGCGGCUCAUCCAUUCAAAACCUUAUGUCACUACGCCUGCGCAUGAAGUUCACGUUCCUAAACAAGAGAAGAAAAGGGAGAGCAUGACCAGAGAUGUGGGAACUCAGAGCACACCACCGGACCUUAGUUCAAGUAGUCCUAGUCCUGCUCCCACUCCUUCCAUUGAAGAAAGGUCGAUAAAGUGCAGCGAAGCAGAAGGCGGGUAUUCAUCUAAUUUUAGUGCAAAAGGGAAGUCUGAGGAUGAGGUGGAAGUGAAAGAAGCAAGAAAGCAAGAGGACACAAAGAAAGUGAAGCAAAUGUGCAGGUGCAGGCAAGGGGGGUGCUUGUCUUGGAGGAGUUUGCUGAUGAGAAAGAGGCAGCGAGACAAACACAAACCAAGCAAGAAGAAUAUCUUUCCAGCUUUACCACAUUAAUGGGUGCUGCAAAGAAUUAACAUUUCCCGCUAUGGAUUGAUAGAUUCUCUCUCCCCUAUUUUUACCUCUAGAUGCUUAAAAGAAUUACACUUCUGGCCAGGAAUUGAGAGAUUCUCUCUCUCUCUCUCCCUUCAGAGAUGUGAUGAGCACUUGGUAACAUGGUGGGGAAAUCUGAGUACAAUCAUGGUGGACAGAGGUGAAGGAUAGGCUAGGGGCCAUUGUGUUUGGGUUUUUUUUGUAGUGGUGGCAGUACUGAUGUUAUGUUAAUUUGUUCUUAUUCUGGUGGAAUGGCUGAUGACAGCUUGGGCUUCACGUGCCUGCUUUUUGAUACUUUCUCUCUCUCUCUCGCUCUCUCU